GCAUGGCUGCCCGCCGCUUGGGACGUUUUGCCACCUCCGCCACGCGCUGCCUUCCUCUCUGCAAUUCCGUUCGAUCUACCAAUUCUUUUUCAGGGAACGCGGAAACUACGAGUGCCAGGGGAAACAAGCUAUACACACCCUUUGCAAAUCCAACAAAUCAAUCCACAGGGAUAGCUUCCUGCGUAUCCGAGACUAAUUGUCAAUCAUUCUCUCCAUUCUCACAACUUUGGAAGGCAAACAAGCCUCACAUAUACUAUGUUUAUUGUCGCGAUAAAGUUCUUGGUUCUUACUUUGCUGCAUAUUCCCUUGAAGAGGAUUGCACCAUCAACACCAUGCCACCCAAAUAUUACAAAUGUCUCCCCUCUUUUCUGGUGAAUGAUUAUGGCUUCACUGGGGCUAGUUCGAAUGGUCUAUUUCUUUUUCAUAGUAUUAAGUUGGGUUAUGUUCUUUGGAACCCAACAAUGAGUGAGUAUAACUAGG